AUGGCUGGAGCUGAGCUCGCCCAAUUUUUUCAGCUCAGCCAGCUCAGUCAGCUCUUGGACCAAGCUCAUCCAGCUCAGUCAGCUCAAGUCAGCUCUUGGACCCAGCUCACUCAGCUCUCGGACCCAGCUCAUCCAGCUCUCCGAGCCAGCUCACUCAGCUCUUGGACCCAGCUCACUCAGCUCAUCACGCUCUCGGAUUCAGCUCACUCAGCUCUUGGACCCAGCUCACUCAGCUCUCAGACACAGCUCACUCAGCUCAUCCAGCUCCCGGACCCAGCUCACUCAGCUCAUCCAGCUCUUGGAACCAAACCAGCUCACUCAGCUCAUCCAGCUCCCGGACACAGCUCACUCAGCUCAUCCAGAUCUUCAAACCAGCUCACUCAGCUCAUCCAGCUCCCGGACACAGCUCACUCAGCUCAUCCAGCUCUCGGAACCAGCUCACCCAGCUCAUCCAGCUCUUGGACCCAGCUCAUCCAGCUCAUCCAGCUCAGUCAGCUCAGUCAGCUCUUGGACCCAGCUCAUCCAGUUCUUGGACCCAGCUCACUCAGCUCUUGGACCCAGCUCAUCCAGCUCAUCCAGCUCCCGCAGGCAGCUCACUCAGCUCAUCCAGCUCCCGGACCCAGCUCACUCAGCUCAUCCAGCCCUCGGACUCAGCUCACUCAGCUCUUGGAACCAGCUCACUCAGCUCCCGGACACAGCUCACUCAGCUCAUCCAGCUCCCGGACCCAGCUCACUCAGCUCUACCAGCUCUCGGAACCAGCUCACCCAGCUCAUCCAGCUCUUGGACCCAGCUCACUCAGCUCUUGGACCCAGCUCAUCCAGCUCUUCGAACACAGACACAUCCUUGAAGAGCAACAAUGGGCAGACGUAUAUGGACCAAUGUUCUCCUCGUUUUACAAUUGUGCAGCAAAAACCGCCAACUGGGGUGAUCUUGAAAAAUGGAACACUGAUUGGAAACCCACAUGUGGCUGUAUCCCAACUCGUCAAAGGCCUGUGGUACUCGUGGAUAUCCUCAGUCGUAAAGAGGAGCGCAUUGACUUCUGCCACUGCCAGCCGGACCAAGUAAGGCUGAUCCAGAUGGGGUAUAUCGGCGCAUCCCCCAAAUUCCCAAAGACCGCAUUUUCGAUCCGACUGCUUCAAUUACAUCACAUACUAUGGAAACAUUGUACUAUUGCCAUGCUACCCUUCUCAAAAGCUAUUGAUGAAUUUCUGGAUAUCAACAAUCCCCUCAUAUUGGUUCCUCACGGUGAAGAUGACUUCGACCAAUCAGUCAGUACUCGUCAUUGGAGGAAGCAGUUAAGUAAAGCGGUUGAUGCCUUCCGGGAAAUGCUUAAAAGAGAGAAGGAAUUAGUGGCCCAGGUGAUGAAAUUGGACCCGUUAGGUGAACUAGCUGACAUUUGCCCCAAAUGUUAUGGACCACAAGUCGAUGGUAAAAGAGAAGGAGAACCAGAUUACAUUUUAUGUAUGGAUGGAAAUUUCCAACAUCGCAGACACCUCAAAGCCAGUGUUGAGCACUCUGAAAAUAUCAAAACUCCCAGCCUUUUUGUUCAGCCGCUUGAAGUAUCCGAGAUGGGAGAAUCACUUGCACGAUUACAACAACCAACCCAAACAAUGGAAGGUAGUGACAGGUGCACUGAGCAGCACACAGCGGCCAAUGACACGAGAAAUGGAAGUACUUGGAAGCAUUGUGAUGAUACUGGACUAUUUGGGAUGGCUUGCCGGCAUGAUCAGAUGAUCAGGAUGAUCAACAUUGUCAAGAGUGGUGAGAAGUCACCAAAGAAGACCACGGAGCGCGCAAGAAGCUAG